AUGCAUAUCUGCCAAUCGCUGCUCUCAGCCCUACUCCUCGGCGCGGGUGUGCUUGGCGCACCCACCGAGCUUGUUCGCCGAACAAGCAGACCCAGCGCACCAUCCGGUUGUUUGACUGUCGGGACAAGUGGAAAAUACACCACCAUUGGCGCUGCCUUGACUGCGCUCGGUUCUUCGUCAGAUGCAGCUUGCAUCUAUGUCGCGAGUGGCACCUACAAAGAGCAAAUCACCGUCAACUACGCGGGCGCUCUGACGAUCUAUGGUCAAACAGCCGAUACGGGCUCCUACAAGGAUAACACUGUUACGAUCACCCAUACGAUUUCUUCGCCCGAGGCUGGAUCCCUGGACAAGAGCGCCACUGUUAAUGUUGUCGCUGAUGGCUUCAAGAUGUACAACAUCAAUGUUGUGAACGGCUAUGGAAAGGGCGUACAGGCUGUUGCACUUGUCGGAAAUGCCGACAAGCUUGGCUUCUAUGGAUGCCAGUUCUCGGGAUACCAAGAUACUUUAUACGCCAAGGCAGGAACUCAGUACUACUCCAACUGCAUGAUCGAGGGAGCUGUUGACUACAUCUUCGGCGAUGCCUCGGCAUGGUUCGGCGAAUGUGACAUCGUAUCCAACGGCCCUGGAGCUAUCACCGCCAACUCGCGUGAGACAAGCACUGAUUCAGCAUGGUACGCGAUCGAUCACUGCAACGUCAAGGCCGCUUCAGGCACCAGCAUUGAUGGAGCUGUUUAUCUCGGUCGCCCGUGGCGCGUUCUGUCUCGCGUGAUCUACCAGAACUCCAAGUUGGGCAGUCUCAUCAAUGCCAAGGGCUGGACCACGAUGGCAGAUGGGGCUACACCAUUCUAUUAUGAGUACAAUAACUCUGGGGAUGGAUCGAGUACCUCAAAGCGCGAGUAUGAGACCUCUAUCUCGGCUGGUGUUACCAAGAAGACUGUUCUCGGAAGUGAUUAUGGUGAUUGGAUUGACUCGAGCUACUGA